AUACACUGUAUAAUAUGUAUAUGCAAUAUGUACAUAUGUAUUUGUACAUAUUUACAUGUGCGCGAAAGUUGACGCGGGGGCACUUCGCGCGGGCGACCACUACAAUAUAUAUGCACAUUGCAAAAAUAUAUUCACGUGGGGCACAGCUCAUUUACGUCAAUUUUACCUGCACUAAGUGUCACCCGUUGGUUUACCUGCGUUCCCCUUUACCUAUUUAUGCAAACGCGCUGAUUAGAAGUGAAAAAAAAAAAAAAAUUCCCGCGCGAGAGUUGGCGCAUAAAAGGCAAUAAAUUGCCUGCUAGAAAAACGCUCAGGGGGGAAAGAAGUGCGCCAGAAAAUGAGGCAGCGCGCGGGGCAACGAACAUGUGCACGUGAGAGGAGAGGCGCCCUUACAAAGUAGGAGGCCCCCAAACGGGGUAGGCAUAGAAAACCUUCCGAGCUAUGCCCACCGUGGUGGUAGUGGCAGCAACGCGGCUGCGCAGUCCCAUACUGCUGUGUGCCGACUGUGUCUUACCUUCAUAGUGGUGCUAGUGUGAAGCGGCGCAUUUAGGGGGUAGGAGUAGUACCCCCCAACACACACGCAAGCAGAGCGGUGUAUUGCGUGAAGUGGAGGCAAGAAAAAAAGAAACCAAGGCGAUGAAACAAAUGGGGGGGUACAAUGCGGAGGAGUCCUUUUUCGAAGACGAGGAAGACGAAAACGUGUAUGAUAAUUUCAACGCGGAGAUUCACGUUAACAGGGGAACGAGUGGCGGUCAGGAAAAUGACGCGCUCGUUGAAGACCCUAGCAGCAGCGAGACGGAAAGUUCCACCUCCUCACAGUCCUUCAACGAGGAGGACAACACUGACCAUAACAGUGAUGAGAGUGGAAGUAAUCACGAGGGACAACAAAAGAGUAUUAACAAUCCCCUACAGGAGGGAAAAAAGAAGAAGAAAAAAAAAAAAAAAAACGAAUCGAAAAAGGGAAAAAAAGAAAAUGAUAUAAAAUUAGCAGUUAAAAUUGCACUGCAAGUGUUGCUAAAAAGUCAGCCCUUUCCAGUGAAGAGAGAAGAUUUAUUUUCGGUCAUUAACAUUUUUGUCCCCAACUGUAACAACAAUGUAAAAAAAAAAAAACUCAUUUUGAAGUUGUUACAAAAGAAAGUGAAAAAUAUUUUGGCGUUAAAUUUACUAACGCUUAAUUCGAAAACGAAAAUUGAAUAUGUAUUAACGCAGAGUAUAACAUAUAGAAAGCAUAACGAUUUUUUAUUGUCCAAUUUGGAUCAUCAUAUAAGGGGGUUCCUCAUUUUCCUCAUUCCAUUUUUCAAUGCGUUUCAUAAUAAAAUCCCCAUGAAUUAUUUACUAUACGAGUUAAAUAAUGUAGGCCAUAAGUUGUUAAAAACAAAGGAAGAAGUGGUGAAAAUUUUGACGUCCCCAAAUGUUCUCUCCUCCAUUGCAAACCAUAUUGUAAUGGCGAAGGAGCUGGUGGACCCCCUCGACUAUUUAAUUUACGCCAAGAAAUUGUCCUACGUCGAUUUUAGUAGUGACCAUCAGUACGAUGAGACCUCCUUGGAUGGCUUUUACUGCGUACCUACGGCUCGGUUUGAAAGCGAAGUUAACAUGACGCAGUAUAUAACCGACCUGCUGAGCGUCCCCAACAAAACGUUUCAGCUCAAGGAUGUGUACGUCCUCUUUGAGGAGAAGUACUUCCUGGACAUUAACUACGACCAUUUGUGA